GAGAAGGCCAGCGUCCCAACGGAAGCGCAGCUCCGAGCCGGCGUGUCAUGGAUGCCCUGGUGCACCUCCUGCAGCUGCUGGUCCUGCUCCUCACGCUGCCCCUGCACCUGAUGGCUCUGCUGGGCUGCUGGCGGCCCCUGUGCAAAAUCGGCUUGCCCUACCUGAUGGCUGGGCUGACUGCCAAGUGCAACCGCAAGAUGGGGAGUAAGAAACAGGACCUCUUUGGCCAGAUAAAGGGGCUUAUGGGAGCCUCCGGGAAGGUGGCCUUGCUGGAGCUGGACUGCGGCACCGGUGCCAACUUCCAGUUCUACCAAGUGGGCUGCAGGAUCACCUGCCUGGACCCAAACCCCCACUUUGAGAGGUUCCUGACAAAGAGCAUGGCUGAGAGCAAACAUCUCCAAUAUGAACAGUUUGUGGUGGCUUCCGGAGCGGACAUGAAAGGACUGGCGGAUGGCUGCAUGGAUGUGGUGGAGGUGCUGUGCUCUGUGCAGAGUCGAAGGAGGGUCCUACAGGAGGUCCAGAGAGUGCUGAGGCCGGGAGGAGUGUUCUUUUUCUGGGAGCGUGUGGCUGAGCCACGUGGAAGCUGGGCCUUCCUGUGGCAGCAAGUUUUAGAGCCCACCUAGGAUGGCUGCUGCCUCACCAGAGAGACCUGGAAGGACCUCGAGAGCGCCCAGUUCUCUCAACUCCAAAUGGAACAACAUCCCCCUCCCUUCAGGUGGUUGCCUAUCGGGCCCCACAUCAUGGGAGAGGCUGUGAAAUAACCCUUCCCGAGUCCUGCCUCCGGCCAGAGCAAUCCCACCUACCACCUAACCUGUCUUCUACUGAGGGGGAUCUAGGCAGAGAAGCCAUUCCCCCCACCGCCCCUUUCUGCCCUCCCCAUCUCUGCCCCCGCGUCUAACUUCAGUCCUUCCUGCCAAAGUGAGAAGGCUCUAUUCCU